AUGACUGAUAUACUACGGAAAAAGUCAGAGGACUUUUACAAACUCAUCAAGAAGGUGGUUGCAAAUGUUGAACUUUCGAACUUGUCAGGAGAAUCAUCAAAUUUCAAAAAAUUUAACAAAUUCAAAACCCAAUUGAAUAGGAUCCUAAAAAAUGAUGGCAGUUUGCGUUUACCUCAAAGUCAAGACAAUGAAAUAGCGGAAGAGCAUGUUGUUAAUGAGAUUGAAAAAUAUAACACACAGUUAGAUUCCUCUUUUGAUGAAUUUAUUGUUACCACAGGUUCACAAAAAUUUAUUCAAUCAAUAAUACACGAUUAUGUGGAAGAUGAAGAUAAAGAUCAAUCGCAUUUUCACCAACAACUUGAUACUGUAUUGGACUUUACAUUAUGGUUAGCAAUUGACCUUGAAUUGCCAGUGAAAUCCUCAUAUUACCAAAAUUUACUAUUUAUUCUGAGUCAAUUAAUAUCAUUAUCAGUUGGUGAACUCUCAUUGUUUUGGACAUAUUUAGAGUCUAGAAUGGCCAUGAUUAAAAAUAAAUUGUUUACAGGAACCACUAGCGAAAGAAUGUAUAUUUUAGAACUCGGAAAUUUUUUGACUGACUAUUUCCAAACCUCUGGUUAUGGAGACAAAACCAAUUCGAUUGAAAAAGAUACAAAUAACGAUAUAAUUCAAGCAAGGGUUAGGACGCUAAUGACAAAUUUAUUAGAGUUUGAAGAUCUGACAGGAAGAAACAAAUAUUUCAGAUUUGGCAAUAGGAUUACACCUAAAAUUACAAUGAAAGAUAAAUUUUUGAGUGAUGUCAUGGAUAUUCAAAAAAUAUUUAAUGACCCAAUCUUUUAUAUGAAAAAGGAAAACUAUAAAGACCUUCAUAAGAUGUCUGACAAAAUACAUGCUGUUUAUGAUGUUUUGUUGAAGGAAUACAAAAGUUAUAGAGCUAAACUUAAUGAGCCUGACCAAUUUACUAAGAAGCCAAAAGUACUUGAAUCGGAAGCUAGGUAUUUGUGCAAAAAAUUUGAAUCCAAAAAAUACGUUCCGGAAACAUAUAUUGGAGCAGUUGCAGAAAAUCAUAAGGCAGAUGUUGAUUUUUUGUUCAAUCAAUUGGAGUCACCGAAAAUUAAAUUGCUAUACAUUGCUCAAAUUUUCAUUCUUGCUGGACUUUAUAGCGAAUCCGCUCCCCAAACCAAAAGAGAUUUUCUUCGAAGUAUAGGAGCUCCAACAAAUUCUAAACAUUUAACUGAUGAAACCGUUAAUAAUACCACCGCUAAAACUUUUUUCGAAUUAAAAAAAGAUAUAUCAAAUAACUUAAGAUUAGCAGAUAGUCAAACAAUGUUUUUGUUUCAAAGUUUACAUUUCGGUGAGAAGUCAUGGUGGGGAUUAUUAUUAAAGGGGAAGGAUCUGGAUAUUCAAAACAUUUUUGCGGAUAAAAUGAUAACUCCUGAGGAAGCAGAAAAUAUUCAAGAGAAGCAUUUAAGUCUAUAUCCAUACAAAAGCAAAAAGAAUUUCAAUACUUAUAUUACACCACAAGUUUCUAAGAAAAUGAGAAAAUCAAGGGGUUUAGAGAAUUUAAGAAAAAGGGUUGAUUUUGAUGCAAAAAAGGCUGAAGAGGACAAUAUUCGUAUUUCCGAUCAAUUGAAUGAUGAGGACUCCAUGGAAGAUAAAACUGAGUUAAAAGAAAAAAAGUCAUCCAAUUCAUGGAAAAUUUUGAGGAAAAGACGAUAUGAUUUAGUGAAUUGA